AUGCUUUUCUCUGCUCAGCCUCUUGUAGGGCUGGCCCUCCUGGCCAACACCGCCAUGGCCGCCCUCAGCUCAGGAUGCGGCAAAGCGCCCACCAUCGAAUCAGGCAUCAAGACCAUCACAGUGGACGGCACCCAGCGAGAAUUCACCAUCCGCGUGCCAGAGAACUACCAAAACGACCAAGGCCACAAGCUAAUCUACGGCCUCCACUGGGUCGGCGGCCGAAUGGACCAAGUCGCCAACGGCGGCGACACCGGUUCCAAGGGAUGGAAAUACUUCGGCCUGCAGGACGUCGCCAAUGAGACCGCCAUCUUCGUGGCGCCGCAGGGCCUCAACGGCGGCUGGCCUAACUCAGGCGGCUCCGACCUCGCCUUCAUCGACUCCAUGAACGCCUACAUCGACGAAGGGUUAUGUGUCGACCAAUCCCAACGCUUCUCCAUCGGCUUCUCCUAUGGCGCGUCAAUGACGUAUGCCAUUGCUUGCGCGCGGGCCAGCGACUUCCGCGGUGUGGCUGCCAUCGCGGCUGGGCAGCUGUCGGGCUGCGACGGCGGGAACGACCCCAUCGCGUACUUUGGCAUCCACGGCGUGCGCGACGGGACGCUCAGCAUCGACGGCGGGCGGACCCUGCGCGACCGGUUUGUGACUAACAACGGCUGCGACUCGAUGGCGGGGGCCAAGGAACCGGCGUCUGGCAGCAGGACGCACAUCACGACGGCUGCUACAGGUUGUAAGGAGGGGUACCCGGUUCAAUGGGCGGCGCACGACGGGGGCCAUAUCCAAGCUGCUGCUGAUGCGCCGUAUGCUGAGGAGGAGGGUGAUCAUUCGUGGGUUGGCCCGGAGGUGUGGGCGUUUUGGACCCUGCCGGAGCUUUCGACGUCUGCGUGA